AAGUUUUGUACAUGUGUCGUCUGCGUUUAAAUUCAUUUGUAAUAGCGCAUUUGUAACGGACAGGCCGAUUGAUUAACUUUGUUAUUUUUGAAAAAAAAAAUCUUUUAAAAAAGGUUUAAUUGGAUUUUAUAUUACAGUUUAAGGGAUAUACGCUACUUCAUUAUUUGAGGAUGGAUUACAAGAGUUUGAUAGUUUUGAUGGCUGUGUUUGCCAGCUGCUGCGGUGCGAGGUCCGAGUUCAUCCCCAGCUGCCAACAAGGCUUUUACUUCAACCGUGCUGCAAUGGAAUGUACCCCUUGUUCUAGCUGCGAGAACCACCAAGUCGUCCGGCGCAAAUGCUUCGACGAUCAGGACACGUACUGCGGUCCAUUAUCAGAGUUUCAGUUUAUUCGACCACAUUCGUCACUGAAGUCAACCGAAUCCAAAUUUCCGCAGGUCGUUGAUAAUACAGAUGAAGUGCCGACGACACCGACAGAAUUCGUCACCGAAAAUGGGGAUAAAUGGUUCACGAUUACAAUGGUCCUGGUUGGGAUUCUGGUAGUGACAUGUGUCACAGGCGUUAUCACAGUGCUUGUCACUUGCGUUGUGUGCCGACGGAAAGAAAGGGAAAUUAUAUGUGAACCUGAAUAUACCAGCGCAUGCGCAUUGAUCGUAGGUGACUCUCCGGAAGCAAAGACAACACUGGUGGAACAGUUCAAGCUGGUCUCGGAGAGAGCGUCAUGAAGCAAAGAAAGGAAACGCUAGAGGAGAGAAAGUCUAGCGGGACUAUAUAUAUCCACUGCGUAACCAAAUGCGCAAAAUGACUGUGAUAAACUUCAUUAAGUUAUAGCAUUACAUAUGUUUAUGCCGUACAGUAUCGAGACUGACGGAUUAACAACUUUUUUUGUUGACUAAAAAGUGACAAUGUUAGUCUAAACUAUCUCUAUGCCACAUUUUGGUCACAAUCUGUUUCAAUAACUUCGGUGAGGAGAGGCUCCUAAUGAACAAGUGCCAGAUGUGUUCCAGCAAUGAAAAAGCAUGUACUUUUUUGUAACUGAAAGUUGGAAAUUGAAAUCCAUACGCCUUGAUAUCACGUGUUCAAUCCAUGUAAAUUUUAGUCAGGCCAUAUAUGACCACAAUGUUAUUUUUAGUGCUCAACCUGUGUUCAGAGAAAUGUUUAACAAGAUUCACACUGUGUUCAUGGAUGUUGUUACAUCUACAUUUAGAUCUAAUAGAUAUACCGCCUACAUAAAUUUUCACUGUCUUUCCUUUCUAUCAUCUCCUUUUAUUUCUCGUUUAUUUCAUGUAUGGCAUUUUUCGAAUUCUUUCGUUUAGUUUAGUUUUAUGUUACUUUCAUUUUUGUAAUGUUAAAAGAUUGAGAGGAAAAAAUCAUCUUUUGAGACAGUCUCUAUAUAUCAUGAAUUAUUCAUACUUUAGUGACGACUACCCGGAUAUCAAUUAAAACGGUAUUAUUUACCGAAAACAAUCAUUUCAGUACGUUGUGUAAACAUUUAACUAAAUGUUUUGUACAUUUUGUAAAUCUGUUGUACAUAUAUAGAAAAUUCGUGAAAGUUUGCAAUUUUUAUUUAUUUGUUUUUGUUUUAUAUUCUCAGAUGAGAAUAAAAUGGUAUAAAAUCUUA